UUUUAUUAUUAUUAAUUUGACAGUUUAAUAAUGUGCAGCGUUAAUUCUUUAUUGGAAAGAGAAAGUGGGUCGACUGCAAUAUUUAUUUCUACAUUCUUUAUUUAAUUUCUUUUGGUUCGUUGUGUGAUCGCUUUACUCUCACUUCCAUCUCUCCGGGCCCCCAUCAUUAUAUCGUCAUCUUCCGCGGGCCUUAAGUUACACGGCCUGGGCCACUGGAAACGUUUAUUGACCACUGUGACAUCCCGUUAACCCUAUUACCAAAGACGCGUGGAUCCGUCCGAGUGAUCCCCGUCCCUCAGGCCCUAGACAGGGAGCCAUAACAAGCUAAGCUCUAAUUAAAAUAAAAACAGCAAAGAACGAUAGAAUGAUUAAAUCGUUAGUCUCGCCGCGGGAAGUGGUAUUUCGUUUUCCCUUUCAAUUAGAGGUUGAUUGGGCUUUUCAGGGGAGGUCAGCUGUGAAAUCUGGAUUAUAUAUGCGCGGACUCGAAGAAACGUAGACGGAUUUCCUCUUGUGGCGUAUAGACGGGCUGGAUGUUAAAGAAGAGGAAUAAAAUGCAACAGCCACAUAAAAAUAACAAUAAAAAGAGAGGGGAAAAAAGGCGUCUCCUAAAGAUGACAGCAGCGGGGCAGUUUACAUUUUCUUUCUCAUGUAUAGCUGCACACGGAAGCGUGGCCAGGACACCAUCACCAGCAGACGGCGAUAACGGCGCUUUGCCCCACCAAUUUCACGUCAUUAUAUGGCUAUCCAGCUGUAUGGGCUUCUCCCCUUAGACCAACAGUUUUUUACCAAAUCUCUUUUCUGCGUCGAGGGUGCGUAAUUUCUCUCUCUGACACCUACUAUUACUACAUACCUUAAUUACAUACCUGGAAGGAGAGAGAGAAAGGGAGAGAGACGGUCGGGAAAUUGAUUUCGAGGCGCUAUUUCAGCAUCAACUCGUCUGAGAUUGGAUUGGUUUGGGUAGACUGUAGUGUAAUUCCAGUGCAUAAUAAUACAGUUGGGCCCCGGCUUCUAGGGCGCGCGAUGAAUGUGAGAAUAACUUGUUAAAUAUAGGAGGGACGGUCUUCAAAGCACGCAUGUUUAGGAAAAAGCAGAGGGUUUAAAAAAAAUAAAAAAAAAAUACGUUCAUCCGCACUUUUAUUAGAGCCUCUGAAUUCAUAAGCCGCUUGAUUUGGAAGCUAAAGUGAUUAUUAAAAUUCAGCAGCCAUACCUUAAAAAAAAAAAAAAUGUUGAGAUGUUUGACUCAUCGUAAUCACAAACUGCUGCACCCACCGUUUGGCCGCUACAUCACUGCUAACAAAUCUUAGUUAUUUUUGUGGUUUAAGACUCUGAGAGCGUUGUUUGGAAAUUUCAAAUCCCUCGUGCUAUUUGUGGGACUGACCCUCCUUUCUGCCUCCUCCUCCUCCUCCUUCUCCUCCUCCUCCGAUGUGUUCUUCCUCUAUGGUCCCCUAGUCACCUGACCAAACGCCAUGCAAAUCAUUCCGCUGCUAGAGCCUCAUUGGCCGCUUGUGGCUCAUUUAACCGCUGUCAGUGCGCAUCAUAUGGCCGCCGCUUUAACCAACUUCUCAACUCCGACAGGGAAAGUGGCUCCAAUGCGCAUUCUAUCACAGUGGAUGUGAACCAACCCAGCUGAAGACAGGGCGAAAUACUGGUUGGAGAACAUUUUAUAUGCCUAUUCGGAUUAAUUUUCAACUCGCGUUUCUUUCAUUUGGGGUUAGAAUAUUAAAUUUGUAACCCAGUCGUCCUGAGCGCGCCCGUACUUGUGCGCGCCUGACUUAUCUUGACAUAGACUUUUUCUCUGUUGGUGGCGAAGUUACAAAACCAGGUGAAUGUAUAGCAUGAUGAUGGAAACUGACCUUCAUUCCCCCGGCCCCCAAACAAAUACGGCCACGGGGCAAACGGGGCCGAAUAGCGGGUCCAAAGCGAACCAGGAACGGGUGAAAAGACCGAUGAACGCGUUCAUGGUGUGGUCCCGUGGGCAGCGGAGAAAGAUGGCACAGGAGAACCCCAAAAUGCACAACUCCGAGAUCAGCAAGCGGCUGGGCGCCGAGUGGAAGGUGAUGUCCGAGGCGGAGAAGCGUCCUUUCAUCGACGAGGCGAAACGGUUGCGAGCCAUGCACAUGAAGGAGCAUCCGGAUUACAAGUACCGGCCAAGACGGAAGACCAAGACGUUGCUGAAAAAGGACAAAUAUUCCCUUGCCGGUGGACUGCUUUCUGGGCCCAGUGGUGGCGGUGGAGUUGGUUUAGGGGUCGGCAUGAGUUCAUCGGGGGUCGGGCAGAGGUUAGAAAGCCCCGGGGGUCACGGAGGCUCCGCCAGCUCCGGCUACGCGCACAUGAACGGCUGGGCGAACGGCGCGUACUCGGGGCAGGUGGCUGCAGCCGCAGCGGCAGCAGCAAUGAUGCAGGAGGCUCAGCUAGCCUACAGCCAGCACCCUGGGAGCGGAGCGCACCACCACCACCACUCACACCACCAUCAUUCUCACAACCCCCAGCCCAUGCACCGCUAUGACAUGACAGCCCUGCAGUACAGCCCCAUCUCGAACUCUCAGAGCUACAUGAACGCUUCUCCAUCCGGCUACGGCGGGAUCACCUACACACAGCACCAGGGCUCCGGCGUCUCCUCCUCAGCUGCCAUGGGGACGUUAGGGUCGUUGGUGAAGUCGGAGCCGAGUAUUUCUCCGUUGUUGGAAUAGCAUCAGCACUGGAAGUUUUUGAAAAAGAGCAAAGUGAUCAUCCUGGCAGUGGACGUGGAUCUCUGAGGGGAUACUGUGAUUAACAGACAGCGCCUCGUCUCUUCUGCCGGCAGGCCAUCAUUACAUCGAGCACUAGGAGAUAGGUGCUGUGGGCAAAAAGACCUUUUGGAAAAUGUCAGCCACAGUCAGAGCCCCAAAUUUCCUCUUUUAACUCUUUCACCCUGUGAUGCUACCUACUCGAAACCCAUUAAUUACACGACCCCCUUAUCCCAUCGGCCAGUGUACAGUGUCGUAUCUCAAAGUGUUUUUUGUUUUUUUGUUUUUUUGUAUGGGGUUUACUUUAAGAUUGGAUGUGACGGGGGGUGAAGAGGGAAAAAAAAAAUCCCCCAGCCCGUAUUUUACCCAUCUUAGCAAAUAGAAAAAUACUGCAAUGGGAGCAAUAGCUCCAGUCCCUUUCACUGGAGCCAGCUUUACUGUCUUAAUACUCUUAGUCCCUCAGUUGGCAUGUUUUCCAAGAACCCGCUGCAUUUUCAGAUUUGUCAAAUCCAUCAAAAAUGCCUGUAAUGAAUAUUUCUGCAGCCUUGAGUGUAUUUAAUGUGCUGUUUGACCAGCCCAAAGGGAAAAUUGUAAAGAUCUGGUGCUAGGUCCAGAUAUUCAGUGGUUAACCAAAAAAAAGAAAAAAAAAGCAGACUGUCUUUUAUCAAGAGGGACAGACAGGAAAUAAACAUUUAUACGCUGUUAGCUUCUAAUUAACAUCUUUCUUGUGCAUGAGUGUUAUAUAUAUAUAUUUUUUUUUUCCCCAGAAGUUUAUUUUGUCUUUGAUUGAACCUUGUGAAACGAAAGGUCUUUGUUAUGUACUUACAUUUAGAUUUUUCUUUUUGUUAACUUACGUAGCUUUUGCUUUAAAAAAAAAAAAAAAGAAGAAGAAGAAGACGACAUAUUAAAUAAACUCUUGCAUCUUAUUACAGCCUAAUAAUGAAACAUUGUGCCUGCCGUCGUUUAUUUUUCACGCUCAAUUCCUGAGGUAAAUUAACGCUUCACAGUGAGAAGUUACAUAAAAGUUUUAACAUUUUAAACUAUGUAUUAAUUUCAAGGCCUAAAUGCGCCCUCAAUUAUUUUACCAUUGCCCCCCAAGUAAUUGAUUUUGGAUAGAGAAAGCGAGAGGUGGAGGGGUGAUCCGUGUUGAUGUGUGAAAACCACAAAGCCAAUAAAUGAAAAA